CCAGGAGAUGAAGGAGGCGUUCUUCGAGGACGCGCUGCUGGGGCUGAUGGAGCGGCGCCGGCGGCGCGGCCGCGGCGAGCCCGGCGCGGGGCCGCCGCCGGCGCGCUCGAGGUCACUGCUGGACCUGUGUCGGCCCAGUCACGCGGAGCUGGUCACCACGCACACGUACGACUACGACCGGACGCCGCCCUACCGCUCCAGUCACGUGACCAGGUACCAGCACCAGGGCCGGACUGACCCAUUCCUACCGCCCGGGGGCAGCCUGUCCUACGCUCCGCGCAUGCGCUGUCGGCGAGCGCAGCCGCCCAGCGACGAGCCGGCCGUCGCCGAACAGAUUUACAACGAGUACCAGGAAAAGCUGGUGGAGCGUUUGGACCGGAAGGCAAACGGAUCCCUGAGGCUGAACAAGCCGAAGCGCGAGCUCCCAGCAGAACCACGUGACUUCGGGGUCGUCGAGCAGGUCCGUCAGGAGUUCAUGGGCCGCGUGCAGGAGCGCAAGGACAAGUACGGCGCCGACUGGGACCCACGGGAGCAGGAGCAGGAGCAGGAGCAGAAGCAGGAGCCGGGCCCGGCCGGUCUCUGCUGUGCCUGA